AUGGGCAAAGCGACCACCCCGACCGACCGCCAGGCGCGCAGACACAACCCCCUACAGGAUGACAUCCUGGCUACGGGCCCUUUGAAGAACAAGAUUGGGAAGAAGAAGAAGGGCAAGAACAGCGACGAUGAGGACAAUGGCGACCAUUUCGUCGACGCGACCCGGAGUCGAACCAUCUUGAGGCUAGGCCGAGAACUGGCUGAUGAAGAUGCUCCUGCAAAGCCGGAGGCUUCAGCGAAACCCAGCGUUGACCUUUUCGGCAUCGAGUCGCGAUAUGGCGCCGACGUUGACGGUGACGAGCAGACAUACGAAGAUGAGGAGGCUUGGGGUGACGAAGAUGAGAUUGUGGAGGAGGUUGAGAUCGACCCUGAAGAUCUCGAGACCUAUCGCAAGUUUCUCCCCGAGGCUGAUGAGGAUCCCGCAGCUAUGCUGAACCAGGCCGGCUGGGGAAGCAAGGGCGCUGACGAGGAUAUGGCCGGCGGCGGCACCAACCUGACAGAGCUUAUCCUCGAGAAGAUUGCGGCGCAUGAGGCUGCGGAAGCUAGGAAAGCUGCCGGUGUCAUGCCUGUGGACGAGGACUAUCAGCUUCCUCCCAAGGUCAUCGACGUGUACACAAAGAUCGGCCAAAUUUUGUCGCGAUACAAAAGCGGUCCUUUGCCAAAGCCUUUCAAGAUCCUGCCCACUCUGCCGCAUUGGGAGGAUAUCAUCGAGAUUACGGAGCCCCAGAAGUGGACGCCCAACGCCGUGUACCAGGCGACGAGGAUAUUUUCUUCGUCCAAGCCUACUGUGUGCCAAAAGUUCAUGGAGAUUGUCGUUUUAGACAAGGUUCGCGAAGACAUUUAUGAGAACAAGAAGCUGAACGUCCACUUGUUCAAUGCACUCAAGAAGAGUUUGUACAAGCCUCGGGCAUUCUUCCUGGGCUUCUUGUUUCCUUUGCUCUCUAGCGGCUGCACUGUUCGCGAGGCGCAUAUCGUCUCUGCUGUCCUCGCUAGAGUCUCAGUUCCGGUGCUUCACUCUGCAGCUGCCUUGAAGGGUAUUACCGAAAUUGCCGCCCAGGAAGCAUCUGCGGGUACAGAGGGCGGAGGAGCUGCAAACAUCUUUAUCAAGACUUUGUUAGAGAAGAAGUACGCGCUUCCGUACCAGGUCAUUGAUUCAUUGGUGUUCCAUUUCCUGAGGUUCAGGAGCGUCGACCCUGCGUCCAUCAAGGAGGGCCAGUCGUUCUCGGGAGACAUGGUCAGGUCGCUGCCCGUUGUUUUCCACCAGAGCUUGUUGGCGUUUGCCCAGAGAUACAAGAACGACCUGAGUGAAGAUCAGCGUGAGUCACUUCUUGACCUGCUCCUGUCGCACGGCCAUGUUGCUAUUGCUCCCGAGAUUAGGAGGGAAUUGUUGGCGGGUAGAGGAAAGGGCGUUGCAGUCGAGCAGCAAAAUGCAGCUUUUGACGGCGAUGAUACAAUGAUUGUGGACUGA